AUGGCUGGUGGCACCGUCAAGUACCGGCAUCUGAGCCGCAACUCGUCCGCCCGACAGGCGCUGCUGCGAGGCCUCGUCACGCAGCUCGUCCAAUAUGAGCACAUCCAGACCACAUACGCAAAGGCCAAGGAGACGCAGCGCCUGGCCGAAAAGCUGAUAACGCUCGCCAAGCGGAACAAUGAGCCGUGCAGGAGGUCGGCGCAGGGCAUUCUAUACACCCCGAACCUGCUUCUGCCGAAGCUCUUUGGCGAACUGCGAAACCGCUAUCUUACGCGCGAGGGAGGCUACACCCGCGUCGUCCGCACCGAGCCCAAGAACACAUACGACCAGGGCGAGAGCGCCAUCCUCGAGUUCGUCGACGGGAAGAAGGACUCGCGGUUCAUGAUGACGGCCAAGACUCUCGCGCGGGACCGGCUGCUGGGGCGGCCGUCGACGCCCGUGACGCUGCAGAACGUCAAGAAGGUGACCAAGUUCCGCGACGAGAAGGAGCUCGAGGACAUGGUGCAGCGCUUCAUGAUCCUCAGCACUGAGGGCAAGGACGGAAGCGCGGCGGGCGAGGCGCAGAGCGCGGAGUCGGCCAAGUUGGCGGAGAAGGAGAGUGCUGCGGCGGGAGCCAUGGCUGAGGACAUUGUGCCUGAGAGUGUGAGGUCGGGAGAGCGGGCAAAGAGGUGA